GGUAUCGACAACAAGAACAUCGACACAGAUCAUACGAACCCUUGCUUCGAAACUCCACUGCAAUGUUUGGCACCAAAAUUACUUCGAUAGUUUUCUCCCUCCUCUCCCUUUUCUCCAUCACCAUGUCCUGCGCCAACAGCCCUCAGGCAGUUCUCACCAUGAUGUCGCCGACCAUCUACGAAGCGCCUCUCAGAUACUGCGAUGAAGAGUAUGGUCCGGUUGUUGCCGGCGAGUUCUUAGUCCAGCUGAAAGUUGGCCAUUCCUUAAACGAUCAUUCACUAGCAGUUGGCACCUACCUAGAGACUCACAUUCGGCACAUAUACGGAGCAAUUUGGCCUGAUAGUAUUACGUAUUCUGGUUUCGGGGUAGAUGACAAUCUUCUUGCUCGGAUUAGGGCAGAUCCCGGCGUUGAGAUGGUGGACUGCAACAUUGCAAAUGUUGUGACGCUAGAGCCGAAUGUCGAUUUGGAUUGAAACACGACGGCUUGUAAGCAAUGCAGCCAAGCGCUACCCAAAAUUUACUGGCCUAUCAGGAAUGAUCAGAAUUGAAAAAUUUCCAUUGCGGCGUCGCUCAACAUUGCGCAGUUACGGCGGUCGCAAAUAUUGCAACGAUACGCCGUCUUCAUGGAGAUCUCACAGGCGUUGCCUUUGGGAUGAAACUUAGGGCGAGAUUCAGUGUUAUGGCUUCACUCUAUUAUAGUAGUCAUUAUUGCUACCAGAUCAUGGCGAUUAAUGUCGAGCUGUGUCCCGAGGAAUUAAACAGCCCCCAUGUUGGACUAUGCGCCAUAAUACUGUGCCUCCUUGGCGUCUUGAA